UACUUGCCUCUGUCGGGACCAUGCCCGUGACCUUUGCUCUCUUGCUCCUCCUGAGCCAGGCCACCGCUGACCCCUGUUACCAUCCAGGGGGCCGCCCCCGCUUCUGCCUCCCACCAGUGACUCAGCUGGCAGGCAUGGUGGCCUCCUGUCCCCAGGCUUGCAGCCUCUCCCUGGGGGCAGACCCUGGCUCCCCGUCCUCCUGCAAUGGCAGCCUGACCCUGGCUCUGGGGAACCCCUUCCUCGUGACAUCUGUCAGCCUGCGCUUCUGUACCCCAGGACCCCCAGCCCUCAUCCUGUCUGCUGCCUGGGCCACCAGAGGCCCCUGGAGAUCACUGUGGCGUAGACCCGCCUGGCCUGGGGCCUUGGGGGGGCCCGAGAGAGUGACCUUCCGAGUCCCUCCAGGCCCUAAGGCCAGUGUGGUGGCUAGCCACCUCCGUGUGGAGUUCGGGGGCCCCGCUGGGCUGGCGGCAGCUGGAGUGAGAGGCCGCUGCCAGUGCCAUGGUCACGCCGCCCGCUGCGCUGCCCGCGCCCAGCCCCCCCGCUGCCGCUGCCGUCACCACACCACAGGCCCCGGGUGCGAGAGCUGCCGCCCAUCCCAUCGCGACUGGCCCUGGCGGCCCGCCACGCCCCGGCACCCUCACCCUUGCCUGCCCUGCUCCUGCAACCAGCACGCCCGGCGCUGCAGGUUCAACUCGGAGCUGUUCAGGCUGUCUGGGGGCCGGAGCGGGGGCAUUUGUGAGAGGUGCCGCCACCACACGGCCGGGCGGCACUGCCACUACUGCCAGCCCGGCUUCUGGAGGGACCCCAGCCUGCCCAUCACCAGCCGCAAGGCUUGCAGGGCCUGCCAGUGCCACCCUAUUGGGGCAGCGGGCGGCACCUGCAACCAGACCAGCGGCCAGUGCUCCUGCAAGUUAGGGGUCACUGGCCGAGCCUGCAGCCGCUGUGGUCCUGGCUACCAGCAGAGCCGCUCCCCCAGGAUGCCCUGCCAGAGAAUCCCAGAGGCAACCACCAUCCUUGCCACAACCCCCAGAGCUUACAGCACUGACCCUCAGUGCCAAAACUACUGCAAUGUCUCGGGCACCAGGGUACACAUGAGCCUCCGGAGGUACUGCCAGCAGGACUAUGUUCUUCGCGCGCAGGUGCUGGCAUCCGAGAUGGCAGGCCCUGCGUGGUGGCGGCUGGCCUUGCACGUAAUGGCCGUGUACAAGCAGCGGGCGAGGCCUGUGCACCGUGGUGGCCAGGACGCUUGGGUGCCAGGCGCCGACUUGGCCUGUGGCUGCUUGCGCCUGCGGCCGGGCGCCGACUACCUACUCUUGGGCAGCUCGGCCGGCGGUCCUGACCCCACGCGCCUAGUCCUUGACCGCCAUGGCCUGGCGCUACCCUGGAGGCCGCGCUGGGCCCAGCCACUGCGGCGGUUGCAGCGGGAGGCGCAGGCUGGCGGCUGCCGCGUGACACCAAGCCCUGAGCUAGAGCCAAAGCACCAACGCCGUAGCUCAACGGCCACCAACGCCAGCAAAAGUACUUGGAAGUGA